AUGAUCUUGCUCUACCAAAGACCACAUUCCUUCAUCUCCACCAUGAUCACCAAGGGAUGGUUGCUGCAUGUAGGCCUAAUGAUGCUUUUCUUCUCCAAAAUCUCAUCUCUGGACUGUAACCAGUUUCACAGCUGGCUACAUGAAGCCAACAAGGCCAACUUGGAGCUUCUGAAGAACAAAACGGGAGCAACCAUUCCUAUUCAAUGCAUAGGAGAGGAAAUGGACGUCACAACGAAUCAGGAAAUCUUCACGAACAUCAAUGAGGUCCAGGUGGAGAAUGCCAAAGCAGCUAUACAAGAGAUCCUCCAACAGACUCUGCACAUCUUCAGACAAAACCAUACUGAAAUGGGUUGGGAUGGCAAUUCCACAACCGCUUUCCAGACCAAACUGGACCAGCAAAUUCAGAAGCUGGAAACAUGUUGGAGUGCAGAGCUGGAGCGUGGCCUCACAUCUACAAGAGGUCGGAAAACUCUGCUCACCAGACUGAGAGUGAAAAGAUACUUCCAAAUACUCCACGAUCUCCUGAAAGAUAAAGAUCACAGCCUAUGUGCUUGGGUGACUGUCCAGAUCCAGAUCAGGCAAUGUUUUGUGCUGACAGAUCAACUCAUCAAAAGAAUCUCUAACGAAGGUACUGUACACUUUUUUAAAAAAUACAUACGACUUGAUUAG